AUGCCUCUGCCACCGCUCAGAGACCAGCCCCAUGCCAACACAGAGCCGUCCACGCCGCUACGAACACGAGCCCCCACAAAUACAUCUAUCUCGGUGCCCCUGAGCGUAAGGUCCCGGCUCAGUUUUGUAAACCUACCGCCAGAUGAUUUGUCUCUGGUAGUAAGCCGGCAGAGCUCGAGCUGGCUACGUAGACCAACCAAGGAUACCACUUUGCAGAAACUGAAACGCCUGGGUCUUCAUUCUCACAACAGCUCGGUGCUCCUGUCACGAAGGACGUCACGACCAAACUCGAAAACGGGCUCCGAGGUAUCGACUCCCCGCUCUCGUCGCUUAAGUGACCAUCUAACUGUGAGACGUAAAAGACGCUCUUCUACCGGUACCACCUACGUCUCCGGAUACCACGGACCCAUUACUAAGGACUUUUUACGUGCAUUUUCCAGGGCACUAGUACAUGACCAGCGAGAAACUUUUCAGGAUUACGAAAGUGAGAGGGUAUUUCAGGCUCUAGACCACGAGCAUCGGCUUCAAUCACACAGUCCUCAAGACCAUACCAACUACAGCGAAUUCGAUCACUCUCUACCGCUACCUUCUGAUGAUGCCAUGAGAUCGCCUCCUCAAGCAACAGUGAAUGUGAGCUCCUCGCCGGUGGGUACCCCGAGAAUUGAAGCACAGAAAGAAGAAAAGAGGCCUGCUUUUAAAUCAUAUCUAGAGCGUAUUUUAGAAAGCAGAAGGCAUGCCUCCAUAUUUGAUCAAGACACCGCUCAUGUUGAACAUGAGGACGAGGACAUUGAGGGCGUUCACGAUAUCAUCACAACAUCUAAGUUCGUGAUAGAGAACACAAUUCAAGGUCUUCCUGAAUUCUCCGACGACAAAGAAUCCUACAAGGAGUUGGAUAUUCGACUCGCCGAGCCGCUUGUGGUGGAUUCCAACGCCAUUCGCAGCGAGUCUGAAGAAUCGAGCGAGGGAGAUUACAAGGUUCCAGAGUUGACUCGACCCAAGCGAACUCAUCGGUCAUCCAUGGAUCUCCAGAAGACUCCAGAGUACGAAACAUUUGACUACGAAGACGCAAAAGGAUUCGAUGAAUCUCAAUUAGAUUCCAUGCUGAGAGUGCCCGAAAACUAUGACUCCCCACCUACAGCGGUUGGGGUAGACGAUGAUCUCGACAAUGCACCACAUCAUCCUUCUUCAGAUCUAGGUCUCAUCCUGGGUCACUUCACGAUUGAUAACGAAGAUCUCGAAGAUUUACAUGCGUUUCAAUUGCAACCUGGACUACUGCUCAGUGACAACGAAGAAUCGCUCCGACGUCUGGAGGACCAACAAGCUAAAUCACAAACUAGACGAAUUUCUAAUCUCAGUGGAGUGAAGCGAUCUCGCUCAACAAGUACACUUCCGAUCCCAAAAAACUUGAUCAAAGGCGCAGUCAAUUCUGUGAAUCAUCUCUCACCAACCAGCAAGCGACCCAAGAAUACUCGUCUUUCUCCAUCUCUAUUGCAAACGGUUUUGAAGUGCUCCAAUGAUUUCUUAGGGCAAGUUUUGCUGACACUUGAGGCGUACGCCGAGCACAGAGGUGCUGAUAGUAUUGGUAUUCAAGAUGCUGUUCUAUAUUUGAAUCGAGUGAAGACUCCUCUCGCCUCAUCAGAGAUGGAGAGGGUGGCGAAGCUUGCUCAUAAUCUCUUCCCCUUAGAGACGCUCGUCUCCUUGGAUAAUAAUUUACAGCAAUCAACCUUAAGAAAAUUCAAACAAAUGAAAAUGAAAGAAGAAAUUAACGAGAUGGAUGUUGUUGAGAAGCAAGAGUCUUUCUUGAAGGGCGCACGUACACGAGAAACAUCCUCCUAUUCGACUCUCUCCAUCGACGACGAUACUAAUGACUAA